AGCAACACCGCAUCCCUUCGCCUUUGUUCUCAUCUCCUCUAUUCCAUUUUCCAAACCUUCCAGCAUCUUCUACACUCCAUUCUUUAACCCUCUAUUAAAACACAACAACAUUUCCCCAAACCAAAACAAACUAAAAAGUAUCAAAUACAAACAUAACCUUCGAAAAUUCAUUUGUCCAUUCACUCAUCUAAUUGCAUCAUAAUAUAAUCUCAAUCAUUCAAACCAAUCAUCAUCAUCAUCAUGAAGCCAAUAGCAGGGGACGACCCAAUAAUGCUCCGAACCAAACACCGCGACGAAGAAGGCAGAGUAGUGUCGGAGAAGAUAGAAUUGCACGCACACGACAAAGAUACCCUUAAGCACAUUGAGAAGAAACUCGUCGACACGGGUUUACACCGUCUCGAACGACACUCAGCUGACACCAAGGCGUCCGUGAAGAAACCCCCUCCUAAGAAGGGACACGGUGGGAAGUAUACGUGGGAAGGGCCCGACCUCGAGGCCGAUAACGAGCUCGAGGCCGAACCCGCUAUCGAUGAAGGUGAUCCUAACUAUGUUGAUGAAGAAAAGGUUGUGGAUGAUGAGGAAGUGAAAGAGAGGGUCAAAGGUGAAGUUGAGGUGGCUAAGGUUGUUGAAGGUAAAGAAGGUGUUGCUAGAGUUGAGGUUGAUCCUCAGCUUAUUAAUAAUACUAGUGUUUGAGAUUUUGUAAUUAUAUACUAGUUUGUUUGUUUGAUUUGCAUGUUAUGGGGUUUAAUUAACUGCUUAAUUUGGGUUAAUCUCAAUAUUUUGUUGUUGUUUCUUUCUUUCUUUCUUUUUUUUUUUUUUUUUUUUUCUCUUUUAAUUUGAAGUUUCAGCAGUUAAGUAAGCAGUUGUAUCUUGGUGUGCUAAUGUGAUUACAAGAAUAUCAAUUCAAUUGCUGAAGCUUUUUUAAUUAAUCGA